UGAGGGACGUAUCCGGUUGUUGUUGAGAGCGGGUUAUGUUAGUUUUAGGGAAGCCAGCUGGCCAGUGUGUUGUACUUGUUCAUCCUGCCAAAAGAGGAAUAGAGCUCUUAACGCGUUCAUCUACCUCUUCCUUGCCUUUGCCCACAAGGGGAGUACGACUGGUUCUGAUUCGAGCUUGUGAACCAGCGAACGUGCCGAAAUAAACACAUGUUCGAGACUUACAGAAGGUAACAAAGUGAUAUUUUUGUGAUUUCGUCGUUUAUAUAAAUUGUUCUAAUACCAUGCAUAACUCUUAAGCUUCCACUUAAGUCCAGUCACUGAAAGAAUGUUAUCCGAUUUUAAUAUUUAACAUGAACACAACCCGCUAUUUUGUAAACAUGACGGUAGCAGUUUUAGACGCGUAGCACCGACAGAUACAGGUGUCUAACGUGCUACGGUAGGAAAAUCUGACGAGGUAGCACAGAUAGUCAGAAUCGGUAUUCAAAUACGUGCCAAAACCAAGGCAAGGCAAAUAACACAAAGUAUAUCCCUCAUACAAUUUAGCGCGUUCACGACUAAAAGACACAGCAACUGUAUCGGUCACGUGGUUUACCGUAACUUGAUACGUGCACCAUAAAGAGGUUCGUUUGGUUUGCUCGGCGCAGGUGCCGAUGUUUCUUUGUCGUCUAGUCUAUCGCUACUAAAAACUUAACCCUUUAGCGUUUCCCGAAAAUGCUUAUCACAUUAUGACAAUAACAUUAACGUCGGAAUCGAACGUUGACGUUUCGCCUAUGUGGUAAAGUAGUCUGGCUGCCUGAUCACAGGGUCAUUCGCUCAAACUGGUUAACAACAUGACUGCGUUAAAGUUUUGUGCGAAUAUUUCAUGGCUGUUUACUGAGCAUCCAGACUUCAGCAAGAGAAUCUAUGCGGCUGCUUCUGCCGGGUUUCAAGCUGUGGAAGCAGCUUGGCUUUACGAUUCGGACCUGUCGGAGCUCCAGAAAGCCAAGGAGGCAACUGGAGUGGAAGUCGUCCUUAUCAACACCCCACCAGGGGAUAUAAAGGCAGGCGAUCUCGGUUUGGGAGCAGUUCCAGGGAGACAGCUGGAGUUUAGAGAAGGCCUGGAUCUUACUCUGAAGUAUGCAAAAGCUUUGAACUGCAAGAGAAUUCACCUAAUGGCAGGAAGGAUUCCAGUGGAUGUUCACAGAGCUGCAGUUGGAAGAGAAAUGGAGGAUGUCUUUGUGCAGAACCUAAACUACGCAGCUGAUAUCUUGGCCAAGGAAGGAAUCACUGGAUUGAUUGAGCCAAUCAACACAAGAAUUACAGACCCUUGCUACUUUCUGGACUCCCCUCAUCAAGCUGCAGCAAUACUGGAGAAGGUUGGCAAGCCCAACAUCCAGCUACAGAUGGACAUAUUUCACUGGCAAGUAAUGGAUGGAAAUCUGACAAAAAACAUGCACAAAUAUUUUCCCAUAAUAGGCCAUGUUCAGAUUGCACAGGUUCCAGGCAGGAAUGAACCUGACAGCGAUGGAGAGUUGUGUUACAGAUACCUGUUAAACACACUGGAAAAGCUUGGUUAUCAAGGAUAUAUUGGCUGUGAAUACAAGCCACUUGACUCCACAGAAAAGAGUCUGGGAUGGAUCCAACAAUUCUGGGCCCAGUAUUCUUGAACUUUUCUGAAAGUCCAGUGGCCUUAUAUUUUUUUCUUAAAGCUGUAGUAUGUAACUUCAAAUAAAAAAAGGUUUUUAUAUA